AGCGGGUUCACCGUGUACUCAUGUGGACUUUGAGUACACUCUGAGGUUUAAUUUGGGCUUAAGUCAGGGCAAUUGCUAGUGGAAGAGGUCACCGUUCAAACUCUUAAGCCAUUGACGAAGGAUGAGUUUCUAAGUUCAUUCAAUCUCCCGUGAUUCCCCUCGACAUCGGCCGAUUGUCAGUUCCAUUCUUCCCAGAGAGCUCGUCGAUAGACCGGCUGAAUUUCCAUUUCCAUUGCCGCAUUCCGGUUCGGUUGAAACUCUCAGCUAGUUAGUUGAUCGAGAGUCCCACGCCGGGGAGAUGGAAGAUCGAGGCUCGAUGCCUCGAAUUUGGGCGAUCAUCUUCGCGAUUCAGCUGCUGUCGAGUUUUGCCUCGGCCCAGGGACCAGCCUCUGCUCCGGCGCCUGCUGCACCCAUCGUUCCACCUGUGGCACCUGCAACGAGCCCUCCUGCCCCACCGACCGUAGCACCGGCUCCAGUGGGCAAUGCUCCCGCUCUACCGCUCAAGUUCGUGCCGAAUGCGACGAUCCUCUCCGUCGGGAACACGUCGUACACAGGCCGCACUUCAUUGACGGCCUUGGCAUCACCCAGUGGCGAUUACGCUCUGGUUCUGAUCUUAGACGGAUUUGGGACCGAGAAGACUUACCAGUACUGCUGGACCGAGGUUCACAAUAUUCUCGGGAAUUUGACCUUCAGGGAGAAUUGCAGGCCCCUCAAGGUGGAGACGUGCUCUCUGACUCUCACGUCCAGCGGAGAUCUGCGCCUGACUCUGGAAUCCAGAGGCGCCAAGCUGAUUUCAUGGCGGACCGAGACAGAGAACAAAGGAGUCGUGGACGUGAAGCUCUCGGACGCGGGCGUUCUCACUCUGGUGGACGCCUCGGACGCCGUGGUAUGGUCAUCUACUGAUGACAAGGACAGGUGCCUCGAGCCCUAUGACCCCAACAACUCUUCGAAGGCCGUAGGGUUCAGCAAGUUCGUAGUCAUUGGUACUACUCUUCUAGGCCUCAUACUCUCAAUUUCUCUUUGUUAGAUCCGUAUGUGUAUAGAUUUCGACCCUUUUCGAGCCUACAUUUUCGCCGGUCCCAUUUGCGCAUAAGAUCUGAUGAAUCUGUCGAGGCCGACAGAUGAAUGGUAUGAAUUUGGAGGGACUGGCGUCGACGAUGAUUGAACAUUCUCUUUCUAGAAACUGAUGAUUACUUUGAGACCUUCGCUGGAAGCCAUGAGAGCCUUCCCGCCAAUUGCUGUCAGAUUCUAUCGAAUCCAUCAGUCAGUGUAGUAACAACGGCCGCUCGUCUUGCUACUCGGCUCCAUUCCCGAGUAGGAGAUUUGGAUCGGUUUACCGUCUGGUUUCGAAACUGCAUUAUGCAGUUUGCAAGCUCUGAUUCUUUGGAAAAGGAAAUACUGGGUCAACAGGUGGGCAGAAUCCAACAACGCAGAUGUUCUGGAUUGUCUGCUUUCGAGCAUUGCCCGAGAAACUGGACUUUUGUGGAACUCAUCCCUGGAAGUUAAGGGAGGUGAUGCAGCUUCGGGUCAGGGAGUACGGUCGAAUUCGAGGGUAUUUCCAGUGGGAGCUUGAAACCAACGAUGGAGAUCGAAUACUUCAGAUUUAGAGCACGAUUACCGGAUCCUUUAGGGGAGCAUUGAGACCACGAUUCUAUUGACGGUACAUUAAAUUUCAUGAUCAACAUGGGUGCUACAACUUACCCCUUGUAAGAGUCACCAUAGCGUGAAAAAUGCGUUGAAUUUGUAUUCCCCAUUUGGAGCACAAUACUAAUUUAUACUUCUCCUUACAUUUUCCGUCAUUUUACUUCUCUGGAUCUUUUUUGUUGAUAUAAA